GUCAACAAAAAUAGAUAAACUGUCUGCCUGAUAUGAAGCAAAGGUUUAAACGUUCUCAUUGUCGAAGUAGGCGUAAAUAACUGAAAUGACGACCAUAUUGACAAUUUCCGCGUGUUGGAUUUUAGGUGUUUUUAUAUACGUUGACGCGGUAACAGAUGACGAUUUUCAAUCAUUGCUUGCCAGGCUUUCUGUGCUCGAAGAAAAACAAGCAUUUUCCGAGAAACGAAUUGCUGCGCUUGAAACGGAGAUUAAGUUGUCACAGAAAAGAAUCGCCGACUUAGAAAAAUACAAGACAUUGUCCGAGAGAAGAGUCGCUACGCUUGAAAGAAAAAAUGAAGCACGGAACAGUAGAAUAGAUGUGUUUGAUGCUGUUAAGAAAAUGUAUGCAAAAACAGCCGCACUUGAAACCAACAACAAUAAAUACGGCAAGACCCUGUUUUACAUGAAAGGCGCCUCGAUUAAAAAUGACAAAAUACAGUCUAACAUAAAAACUGCCGUGCCUGAGAAUGAUUUUGAAGUAUUACCAAACCGUAACGGAGAAACAUAUCCCAGACAGACUGAUAAUAUUGAAAUUGCAAAUAACUCAACUGCAGUAUUACAGUCUGAUCACAGAAGAUUUGCAGUACAAGAGAAUGUGGCAUUUACCGCAAUGAGAGUCCCUAAUCAACAACACAUCGGUAUUAAUCAGGACAUCAUCUUUGAUCGGGUACUUACAAAUGAAGGAGGCGGAUACCAUCCAAAUCACGGUGUUUUUACCGCUCCACAAUCUGGCGUUUACGUUAUCUCAUCGACGAUUUUGACUUGGAUGAAUGGGGAGGUUCAUGCUGCCAUAGUUCAUAAUGGAAACGCUGUCGCUCACAUUUACGGUCACGGAGACAAUGGAAGACACGACCAAAGCAGUCAGACGGUUGUCAUAAGGCUAAAUGUAGGGGAUGAAGUAGCUGUUCAAAAUGUUAACCCUCCAGAUAAUAACAUUUGGGGUUACUCGUAUUCGUCAUUCAGCGGAUAUUUAGUGUAGAUGCAAUAAUCAUGUGAAACCGGUUGAUAACACCUGUAAAAAUAUCAGGUUUCCACAUGCUUAUCCAACUGUAUAAGUUACUCUAAAUGUUUUGUCACUUAAAGCCACACACCUUGAAAUGCAAUACAUGGCAUUGUAAAUGUAAGUAUAAAUAAGAACCAUGUUUUAUAUAUGCCAAUUAGAAUAUAUCUGGCCCCGUGUUCAAAAAACAUUUUUUGCAAUCGAAAAUCGAUUUUGAUUGUCAUUUAAAAUGGAUUUCCAUUGUAGUUGAUAGGCAUAAAUGAAAAUCGAUGUAAGUUAAAAUCGAUUUUCGAUUGCAAAAUCGUUUUGUGAACACGAGGCCAGGUUAAUAAAAGGUAGAAAUCCGUCUCUUUUGCGCUUAAAAACUUAAAAAUAAUCGCGUUUGUCAAAAAUGGACGUAUAAG